AUGCCCAUACCAACACCUAGCUCUGCGGCAAAGCCCCGAAGCGAGCUCAGUAGACUCAAUAGCACCUAUUCCCGGUCAGAACGUCUCGGACAGUCGGCUUCUGACGAGCACAACGGCAACACCACUGCACUGAGCCGGAUACACAAACGUACCAACUCUCAAAACCCGCCUUCCGGAGAUGCAAAUGGCGAUACGCCGAAUAGGCGGAGCUUCCUACCCCAGCGGGGCUUGCCGAGAGCUGUUGCGAGGGGAAAUGGCGUCGCUGAAAUCGAAUCGCCUCAGAUAGACCGAGAUGUCACACGCCUCAACAACACAUCAAAUGACACAAUAUCACAGCAAGCGAGUCUAGGAGACGCACAACCCCGCCGGCCGAGACCACGAUCGUUGUACCAGACCCGAGCGUCCCAGCAAGACACAAGUGUCUCAGGCAUAAAUGGGACUGCGCAUUCAUCACGUCCCACGGAUGUGAACAACAAGCCGCCCGCUUCCACAGGGCUGAGCCGAACGCAAUCGGUGAGGCGCGCUACCGUUGCAGCACAAGCAAUGCCACCACCUGGCCGACUCCACACCCGCACGCAAUCGACCACUACGACGACUGGCGCUCGUAAGGAGACGGGAGAAGCCGAUAAAGUCGCAACCCGCGGGGAGAGGCCGAAAUCUCUACUGGUAGCGUCCGCGCACACUAGACCAUCGAAUGAUGUCCAUGAGGAGACCGCUACUGGUCUCGUGCGAACUUCUGCUCGUCCCGAUGGGUUGACACGCUCUGCUAGCACAAGAUCAAAGCCCGUCGUACCACUCGGUCGCGCAACAGCUAGUAGACCUGAGGAUCGUGCCCAAGUAAAAGAACCAUGUGAAGCUCAGAGACACGAGCCCAAGAAACUCGGUCGUCCUGCCUUUUCUACUUUGCAGCAGCACUUUACUCCCAGAAAGACCGGCAAAGCACCUACCUCGACUUUCAUCCAUGCUCCGGAACCUGUCAAUCAUGUUCUUCCGCCAGAGAUAGUUGCUCUCCAAAACGAACUCCUACAAUUACAUUUGUUGCAUGAACCAUCGGCUUUGACAAUGAGACAGUGGGAAUUGAGCGCUCGGGAAGUCUUGCGAAUGAGAUUCGAUGAAGUAGCAAGCCUGUACCAGAUCAUGCAGGAAAAGGAACGCUUUGGACAGGAACAGAAGAACAUGCUGGCUCUGCGUGAGUGGAAUGGAUCCAACUCCUUUUCCGGGCUCGUUCAGUGCAUUGAAGCACUGUCGGGCCCUCUGCACGAGCUGCCUUCGCUCUUGAAUCCUGGUGGUCGCUUCUUUCAUGUUGUGGAAGGUUUCAGCAAGUGGUCUUCCACGGCAGAUGAAGUGUGGUCGGCUCGUGAUGGCUCCGGCGGACGAGGGAUUGCAAUGCAAUCUCUCGGAGAAUUAGGAGACGCAUGGAAAGAAGAACAUGCGGCCAUGACACGCAAAUUGACGGCGUUCUCUCGGGACCUGGACACUCUACCUCCAACAGUGACAGGUUCGAGCAUUGCGCAUAUUGUGUCUACAUGCCAGUCUCUAGUCGAGGGGCUCUUGUGCGAGCUACAAAUCAUGCAGGCAACGGAAGCUGACGUCGUCGCAAGAGAGAAGCUCUGGGUGGAGGAGCGGCUGCGAACAAUUGCCCACGACGUUGUUGACGUAGACUCCGGGGCAGAUGAGGAGGCAUGGCGGUUGUACUAA